AUGCAAGCAAUACCAAUGAAUCAAUAUUGUAAUUCAAAAAUAUUCCCUUCUUUUGACCCUAUUGAUUCAACACCUAUAGUAGAUGAAAAUGAACCAUAUCAUUUAAAACUUUGCUUUUGUCCAUUAUGUCAAAAAGGAAUAAGUGUAUUAUUAAAAGAAAGAUCAAGAAAUGUUAUUUCUUGGCAAUAUAUUUGUAGAGUUAUUUUCUAUUGUUUAUCUGUAAUUCAUAAAAAGAAUGGAUACUUCUCAUUAAAAUAUGAUGUCCAUUGGUUUAUUGUUGAUCAUUGGUAUCUUUUCUCUCAAUUAGGUCAAUUUAGAACCAAUCCAAAUAAGUGGAAAAAAGCUAUUUUGGAUGCUAUGAUUCAUUGUAAUUUAUUUGAGUCUGGUAAAUCUACUGUUAAUAAAACUGGUGUUUGGAAAUUACAUAAAUAUGAAGCCCCAUGGGAAUGUACAGAUUCAAAUUGUUUUGAAAUUAGUUCAACACAAAAUGAAACUCCUUUUUCUUGUGAGUAUUCCCAAGAUAAUAUUACUAUUAAAUCUAAAGAAGAGAAGAAAUUUGCUUUACCUUCUCUUUCAUCUUCUUAUAAAUAUUGUAUGAAUGAUAUUGAACCUUCUUUUACAUUAUUACCAAAUCUAUCUGAAGCUCUUAUUGAGAAUAUUAAAUUAGAAAACACUGAUAGUUUUAUUCAAACCAAUAUGCAAAAGAUAUUUAAUUAA